GCGCAGAAAAAUAUGCACAUAUGAGAAGUGUAGAGAAGAAAAAGAAUAAAAAAAAAAUGGGGCAGAUGUGGACUGCUUACAUUGCCAAUCCUGACACAGCACCAGAUCUACACAACAUCCCUACUUUUGAUCCAGAAUAUGGAUUCCCAGAUGGAAGGCCAGAGAGGGAAAUGGUCGCUUCCCAGGAGGAGAUGAAUGCAGCUAGAGUACCCAUGGACAAGCGGGAUUACUGCGCUCACUUCUACAUUGCCUUGAUGAAAUGCCGUAGAGACAACUUCCCAAACAUGCUCAACUGCAAACAUGCUAAACAUGACUAUGACCAUUGUCAAUAUGAAGACUUUGUUCUCAGGAUGAAGGAAUAUGAGAGGGAAAGGCGGCUACUUGAGAGAGCAAAGAGGAAGAGAAUAAUUGCAGAAAAAGAAGCUUUAGAAGGAUGAAAAAUCUCCUGAGGCUGCUCAAAAUUUGUUUGAAAUAUGAUUUAUAAAACAGUCUUAUGAAUGCACAGGUGGUGUGUGUGGCUCUGUAAAAUAAAAUUGAUAGUAAUAUUGUAACACCAGAAUGCUUUAAUGGAACUUUCAUUAAUUUUGUAGCCUAGUUUCCUUGCAACUGAUACAUUAUGAAUUUGUACCCUGAACUUUUAUUUUCCUUGUCUUUUGCAAUGAAAACUAUUAUGAAAGUUCCAUGUGGGCGUUGUCAGUUCUUGGUUUUACAUUAUUACAGUUGUACCUUUAUACAAUAUUGUGGGUUAUCCCACAUCAAAUUACCUCCAAUUACUGCCCCCCCCCCCCAAGUGUGCAAGGUUUUAUGUUAUUACAUGAUAGAGAAUAUGUUAAUAAUUUAUUUCGGAUUUUUGAAGCAUCUUUGAAAUAUUUAAUGAAGAAGUAUCCCUUGUCUAAUACUCUAAUUUCUAUGUGCAUGAUAUAUUUGAUAUUGACCCAUCAGAAACAGAAAUGAUAAUGAUAAGAGUGGGAUUUAAGACUUGGAUUAGAUAUUAAAAAAGUUCAAGGUAUUUCACCAAACAAUCUUUGUAAUUCUAAAGGGUUCCUGUAACAUUUGCAAAAGCUAGCAUUUUAUGCACAUAAAAUUACAAUCAGGAUAUGAAAGAUAGGCAUGGGCUGUUGAUAAGCGUAAUGACGUUGUGAUUUAGUCAGUUUGGUUAUUAAUGGAUUACAACAUCUCUUUCAUGAUUGAUCGAGAUACGUUGCAAAGCCCUUUGAAGAUUGUGAUGAUAAAAUAUGAAAGUACAAAUUAGAUUAAAACACUCCAAGAUUGUUCAUCCGUAAUCUUUGGGGUCCAUGGGUCCAAGGACUUUUAUUAUCUGGGAACCAUUUUGUUGAAGUUAUCACUACCUAAAUUGUAAACUCUGACAUUUCUGUGAAAUCCUUUGUUUGGCUUGUUUGACUUGGCAACUUAUGGUAACUGUCAGAGGAAACGGACCCUGUGAUGUCAUCAUGAUACAAAGAUGAAUAUUGGUGUAAUAACUAGAGUUCAAAAUGUUUUACAAUAAAUAUAACCGUAACCUUGAAAAAAGGAUUGCAAUAAUA